UAAUUUUUCUUGAAUUCCACGCUAUAGUUCUUUCUUCAAACUCUGAACCUUCCGUGCAACGCAGAGUUGUGCUGGAACACUUAUCGUGAAGAAAUAACCAUUUAACGGAACAUAACAGCACCUUCCCCAAAUCAUCCAAAAAUUCCAAACCCUAACUUUGAUUCUUGAUGGCGAUCUUGUUGGGCGAAAUUCUCCAAACCAUGGAGCUGUGGCUCAAAUUGAUGAAAAAGCCGCAGCCGGAGGCCUACGUCAACCCUAAUCUCGACCCAGUUUUACUGGUUCCCGGUGUCGGCGGCUCCAUUUUACACGCCGUUAGCGACCCCGAUGGGAGCCAGGAGCGCGUUUGGGUUCGUUUCCUCAGUGCCGAGUACAAGUUGAAGACCAAGCUUUGGUCGCGUUAUGAUCCUUCCACUGGAAAAACUGAGUCCAUGGAUCCAAAUUCAACAAUUAUGAUUCCUGAAGAUAGGCAUGGACUCUAUGCAAUUGAUAUUUUGGACCCUGAUUUGAUGAUUGGAAGUGAGGGUGUGUAUUAUUUCCAUGACAUGAUUGUUGAAAUGCGUAAGUGGGGAUUUGAAGAGGGGAAGACACUUUUUGGCUUUGGAUAUGAUUUUCGCCAAAGCAACAGGUUGCAGGAAACAAUGGAUCGGUUGGGUGCAAAAUUAGAGUCAAUUUAUAAUGCUGCAGGGGGGAAGAAGAUAAACAUCAUUAGUCAUUCUAUGGGUGGUCUUUUGGUCAAAUGCUUCAUGUGCCUGCAAAGUGAUAUUUUUGAGAAAUAUGUUAAGAACUGGGUUGCGAUUACUGCACCAUUCCAGGGUGCACCUGGAAGCACCAAUGCUACCUUUUUAAAUGGAAUGUCAUUUGUGGAAGGAUGGGAACAGAACCUUUUUAUUUCCAAAUGGAGCAUGCACCAGUUGCUUAUUGAAUGUCCAUCGGUUUAUGAACUGAGAGGUUGUCCUAAUUUUCAUUGGGAACAUGUUCCUGUUCUGGAAUUGUGGCGUGAGAGACAUGAUUCUGAAGGGAAAUCACAUGUUGUUCUGGAGUCAUAUCCACCAUGUGACAGCAUUGAGAUUUUGAAGCAAGCUCUUGUAAAUAACACUGUUAAUUAUGAUGGUGAGGAUAUAUCCCUGCCCUUCAACUUGGAUAUCCUUAAUUGGGCAAACAAAACAUGGGAGAUUCUAUCUUCUGCCAAACUUCCCUCACAAGUUAAAUUUUACAAUAUUUAUGGGACCAAUCUUGAGACACCUCAUAGUGUUUGUUUUGGGAGUGGGGACAAGCCUGUCACAGAUCUGCAGAAGCUACGUUAUUUCCAGGCCAAAUAUGUAUUUGUGGAUGGAGAUGGAACAGUUCCUAUAGAAUCAGCCAAGGCUGAUGGUCUUAAUGCUGAGGCUAGGGUUGGAGUGCCAGGUGAACAUCGGGGUAUCCUUCGGGAGCCACAUGUAUUCCGGCUUAUCAAGCACUGGCUGAAGGCUGGAGUUCCUGAUCCCUUUUACAAUCCCCUCAAUGACUUUGUGAUUCUACCUACUGCUUUUGAAAUGGAGAGGUAUAAAGAGAAGGGUGUUGAAGUAGCAUCCCUAAAAGAGGAAUGGGAAAUUAUUUCCAAGGACCAAGAUGACCUGAGUAAUACAUCGGAUAAAAUUUGCUCCAUAUCAGUUUCACAUGAAGGAGCCAAUCAAUCUUACUCUGAGGCUCAUGCUACCCUGGUUAUUCACCCAGGCACUGACAGUAAACAUGUUCAACUGAAUGCUCUGGCUGUUUCAGUUGAUGCCUUGUGAAUCACAUUCUGUUGAAGUACGACUAACUUGGAGUGGAGGGAAUAAUUUCUUUAUAAUUCAUUAUGGUUGGCAUCUCUUGUGUGUAUAUAGUGAUAUUCUUUUGAUUUGCUGUGCCAUAUUCCACUGUUUCAUGUAUGAUAUUUGUGAACCUUCUGUAUCUGUUGUGAAAAUGAAUACCAUCUUCCUGACA